AUGAUAAAACAUAACAACAAAAUAGUACCAACAAUUCCAGUGAUGAUUCAAAUGAUGACUCCAAUGACAAAUUAUACUAGAGCUAUAGAAAAAAAACACUUAUUAAAAAAAAGUGAAAAUAUACCAAACACAACAAUGAAAUACAACAACAAAAUAGUACCAACAACUCUAGUAAUAAUUCAAAUAAUGAUUCCAAUAACUAAUUACACUAGAGCUAUAGGAAAAAAAAAACUAGUAGUAAAGAAAAUACAACAAAACAGCACUAGCAAUUUCAGUGAUUAUUUGAAUGACAACUCUAGUGAUAAAAUUACCUAG